GGCAUAGGACAUUUGAGCGAAAAAGAAAAAAGCACAUAGGGUCAUUUGAGCGCCGACUUCAUAGGACAUUUGAGCGCCGGGAUAUUAACCUUACCUGAGUUUUCAGACAGGACAUUUGAGCGAAAUUUUCCCUGAUAAUUUUACACGAAUUAAGAUUUUUUUUUAAAAGUAAGAAAAAAAAGUAAGAUUUAGUUAUAAAUAUUUUUUAUUUUAUUUCACACCCGAGUAAUUCGACCGGUUCUGGCUGGUUUAUGUAAGUGAAAUCCUAAGUUGAUCUCUAUUUACCAAUCAAUUCUACUAUAAUUCAUUGGCUAUGCAAAUUUUCUUUGUUCUAAAAUUCUUAUAUAUAUAUCUAUUAAGUGAAAUGUCCCUUGGCACUUGAAAUCUUAAUACUAAUAAUACAUGUACGUGUUAAAAUGGAUAUUAUUUUGACCGAGACUAAUAAGGGAAAAAGAAGCCUUGUUUGUGACAGUUUCCGAUAUAGAGUGGACAAAACACUAAAAGGAGAAGAAAUAUCCUGGAGAUGUACAGCAAAAGGUUGCAAAGCAAGACUGAGGACGGAUUGUACAGGAACCGUUAUAAUUCAACAGAAAAAUACUCAUAACCAUGAUACCAGUGAUCGUGACAAUGAACGUCACUUGCUGCGGGUACGAUCAAAAAGAAAAGCGGAUGAUGAUAUUGCUCAACGUCCUUCAAAAAUUAUCCGUACAGAGUUACAGAACAUGGAUGAAGCAAAUCUAAAGUCUGAAGACAUUGGCAGCGUUUCAAAGGCUAUAUAUAGAAAGAGGCGUAAAUCUCACCCUGCACUUCCUAAAUCUAGAGAGGAAACACACCAAUCAUUAAAGAAGAUUAAUAUUCAGUCAAAUAAAUUUGAAAAUUUUGUGCAGUUUAAUGAUGAACAAACUGGUAUAAUUAUUCUUACGUGUCCAACCAAUCUUGAAUGUUUAUGCAGUGUGCCGGAAAUUUUUAUGGAUGGUACUUACAAAUAUUGCCCAAAGUUCUUUAAACAGUUAUAUACUAUUCAUGGCUAUAACAAAGGAAAUUAUGUCCCUCUUGUAUUCUGCUUACUUCCUGGAAAGUCUGAAGAAAUUUACGUGAAUUGCUUUUCCUCAAUUGUCAAGCUAUGUUCCGAUCAAGGUCACACACUUCAACCGAAAGCAGUACACGUCGAUUUUGAAGAACGGGUAAUGAAAGUUAUGAAGGAUUUUUUCCCGUCUAUAGAGAUCAAAUGCUGUAGGUUUCACUUAGGCCAAGCCUGGUGGCGAAAAAUCCAGAAAGUUGGACUUAGUCAACAAUACAAAGAGCAUGAUUCAGACAUUAGUAAAUGGCUUAAAGGGAUUUUUGGGAUAGCCUUUUUAGCUCCAGACGAAGUAGCCGACUGUUUCGUAGAAGAUUUUAUGGCCGUUGUACCUAACGACAAGCCUUGUAUAGAAUUUGCAGAUUACCUGACUGAUACUUAUAUAACAGAUGAAUCGUUAUUUCCCCCUCAUCUCUGGGCCGAAGUUCCAUCCUCGUUAAAACGUACUAACAAUGGGCCCGAAUCAUUUCAUGCCCAUUAUAACGAGCAGUUCUAUCACAGUCAUCCAUCAAUUUAUACUUUCCUUGACACUAUUAUCAAAUUGCAAUCUGUGACUUACAUAAAAAUUCGGAGUUUGAACAUUGAUGCACCGCAGAGCCGAACAGAAAAGGAGAAGGAACAGAAUCUCCGGGAUUUGCAUUCGAAAUACUGCCAGCAGGAAAUUACGAGGGAUUUUUAUGUCAGAAGCCUGGGAUAUAAGUUCCAAGCCCGAACAGACUUUUUGUUGGUAAACUCCUCAUUUAAUGAACUAUAUUCGUAA